GGCUCAAGAUGAUAUUAAUCUCAAUGCUAUUUCCACACGGGAUACGUAUAGCAACUUACGUGUUCUCAUCGUUCAGUCAUCAAAAUACGAAAAAUUAUGACCACUAUUGAAAAGGAAUAUAGAAUAAUACCGCUUCAUAAACGACCGGACUUGAUUCCAAACUGUUGCACUUUACUGAAUUCUGAAUGGCCAAGAAGUGAAACUGCACGGUUAAAAUUUCUAAAUGUAUCGUGCGAUGAGUUUCCCAUAUGCCUUAUACUAAUAGAUAAAGAAGAGAGGGUCCUUGGUCAUUGUAAAGUAUCUUUGAUACCUAGAUUACGUCAUAGUUGUUUUAUACAGUCAUUGAUAAUUGACUACCAGCGUAGAUCACAGGGUCUAGGAUCUAGAUUAUUACGUGGAGCUGAAGAACAUGUAGCAAAGAAAGGAAUUAAAAAUGUAUAUUUAAUAACUAAAGGGCAAGAACUUUUUUACUUAAAAAAUGGAUACAAAACGUGUGAUCCAUUUAAAGCAUCAGGCAUCAAUGACGUUGUGUAUUCUAGUGCAGCAUUUACUAAAGCGAAGCUUAAAGAAAAAAGUACACAAUUUUGUGGCCCGCCACCACCUCCAAUGCCAAACUAUCAAAUGCCAAAGUUCUACGAUCUAGGUGUUUUAACACAGAGAACGCAUAUGGUAAAAAGAUUAUCAUCACAGUGACAGAUAAUUUUAUUUUUCUUUCUUUUUCAAGAUUCUUUUAUAUUCCAUUUAAUACGCGUAUUAUUUAUUUAUUUAUCUAAAAAGUUAUUUUUUUAAUAGUUUUUAAAUACAAAAGCUGCUUUUCAUGCACACAUCUCCUUCGUUACAAAACAUAAUUACAACCAUUCCAACAGAUGUUUAGAAUCAGAGCUAUUUUCUAAUAGUUUACAGUUUCCGGUUUAUGGUUUAGUAUCAAUACAAUACAUUUUGUACAAGUUGUUAUUUCUGCAAAUUUCCUAUUUAUUUUUUUAUAUGUUUAAAAAUCAAAACUCUCCUUCAAAAUAUUUUUUUAAUUUUGCACGCACUACAAGAUAUAUUUUUUGUUAUAUUAUGCAACAUUGGCAAUGCCACAAACUUUCUGAUAAUGUUCUGGUUGUUGAAGACUUUCAAUGAGAAAAGCUCCUAAAUCAUGUUUGGAAAUUGCCCGACCAGGAGAUUCAUCAUGUUUGAUUAUAUAUUUUGAGUUUUGUACGUCUGCAAAUAAUCAAAGUAUGCAUUAACUUUGUCUCUAAUUGUAAAACAGAUGUUGAUAAUUUUUAUUGGAAAAUUAUAAACACUUUGCAUAAUAAAUACCUGCAAUAUGAGGUGGUAAUAUCGCAA